UAUCGUGAUGACUUGUCCAAGAUACAGAAAACGGACAGGGAAAUUUAUUUGAGUGUAAAAAAAAAACAACAACAUGUAUCAUUGAUAAAUCUUGGAAAAAAGAGUUGAAAAUUGAUAAUGACCCACAAAGAAGAGCAAGAUGAAGAACUUGAAGUAUUACAGUCAAUUUAUGAAGGAGAUGAUAACUUCAAAGUGACUGGGGACUCAACAUUCCAGUAUAAGUAUGGUGAACAUAAUAGCUACAAAUCUCUAGUUGUGGAGAUUUCAUGGGGAGAUGAUUAUCCAGAAGCCCCACCUACUGUUAAUGUGGACACAUUUUAUAACAAGCAUAUUGUUGCCAAUGUCAAAUCAAAGAUUCUGGGUGGCCUUAAAGAGCAGGUAGAAGAUUUACUAGGAACAGCAAUGACAUAUACAUUAUUUGAAUGGGUAAAGGAGAAUUAUGAUGAUUUAGUUGCAGACCAGCCAGAUGCUCCUAUUGCAAAUACGAGGAGUGAUGCAGAUCUAAGUCAAACAGACAUGACAGAGGAAACCUUGAAGAAAAAGGAAAAGAAAGAGCAGCUGACUAAACACCAAAAAAGACGUUUAUAUGAAAAAAUGGGAAAUGCGACAGGAGAAAAACCAAGAGGAUGGAACUGGGUGGACAUUGUAAAACAUUUAUCACAGACUGGCUCACAGGAUAGCUGAUACAUGUGGCAUUUUAUGGAAUCAAUGGCAAACUGGGUCACAACACAGCUGAUAUUUUUGGCAUUGUUAUAAAGAGUUAUUGUUGAUAAUGUUAAAUAUUUACUUAUGUUUAUACGGGAAAUGAAUGACAAGAAUGCAAUAACAUUUAUUCUUUAGUGGUAGGUGCUAUAAUUAUGUAACUUAAUAAUCAAGUGAUAGAAGAUGAAGUUUGCUAUGGUCUGAAUAAUGUUUAUUUUUGCAUUGUACCAUCUCUUGUAUGUUGAAAAGAAUCAUGACUUGGUGGGUCUUACAGCUUAAGUUACUAAUAAUAGCUCAAAAGUGUAUAUUUGGUUAUAAUCGGUAGUUCCCUUCAAGUUACUAACUGGUUUUUGGACUGUUUGCUUAUGCUUUUUAUGUCAGUCAGCUGAUCUGUGAGAAGAAAGUCCAGUGCAUAAAUUCUCAUGAAUAAAUAUUUGAAAUUGCAUCAUUUUAGCAUUACUGUAUUCACAGUACGGUAACAUGUUAAAUACAAGAUCUGUUUAGAGGACUUUAAACAAAUAACAUUAAAUAAUUAUGUUUAAUGUGUGAUAGAUGUCCAUUCGGUACAUAGAACACAAUAUUGUGAAUUGAGAGAUGAAGAUUUCAAUCCUUUAAGAGGAAAUUUGUCCUCCACCUCUGAUUGAUGUGGGGAAGUUGUCUUUUUUUUUGUGUGUAACCGGUUUAGUUCUGGAACAGCAUAAAGGAACACCGGUUAGGUUUACCGGUAGCAGUAGUAUAACUUUAUUGAUGUUAAGGACAGCGUAAAAUCCACAUCAAACAAAUACCAAAUCUUGUAAGAUACCAAUGAGACAAAUGCAGGACUCCAGUUUAUAGGCCAGAGUAUAUAAAUGAUCAGUACAAGAUGCAAUGUAGUUGAUACCCAGUAUCUCAGAGUCACUUUUCUGAAGAUUCUGGCUAUUUUGCAAAAAAUUUCAAGUCUCGACAAAAUGUUUACUCCAUUUAAGACAAAGUCGACAUACUGAGACUUCUGUUGCGUCAAAGUGAAUAUGAAGUUACUUCUAUCAAAUUCCAGUAUAUUUUCGUCUUUACGUGUAAUGAAGCAAAAAUUUGUUCCCUGAUACCUGUGUGAGAUUAUCCAUUUCAUUUUAAAAGAAAUAUGAACAGUAUGCAUUCAAAAUUGCUUACUACUUUCAAAAGGAAAAUAUAUUUAGCAUGUUAGCAUUGCAAAUAAUUUUUAUAUGAGGCUGCAGGAACACGUUAACCCUUACCAUGCUGGACACGAUUGGUUCUGCUUUUGUGACCAGUGUAGAUGAUGAUCAGCCUGCACAUCCUUACAGUCUGAUCAUGAUCUGCACCGUUCGCUAUUCAGGCAGUAUCUUUUUGGUAAGCACCCGUUAUAACAGUAAAUGGUACUGUACAAAUUCGAAGAUGGACAUGUUCGUUAUAGAAAUUUAGCAAUGUAAUGGUUAAGCAAACAACACCUGCAUAAGAUGUCAUUUUAAGUGGAUUUUUGAUUACUUCAAAGUUAGAACUCGAGAUAAUGAGAUAAAGUAAUGGUCUAAGAGACGCUAGUCUUGAAUAUAUAACUCUUUUAUACAUCAUUUGAUUUUAAACUGAUUUAAUAUUGAUAAAUGUUAGAUGACAGAGUUUAGUGACCAUUUCUGUACCAUUAAAACAACAAUUCCUCAAAAUUAUAAGGGGAUGAGCAAAUUGCUCGAGUUACCUGGGAUUCCAAGCACUCCAAACAUAAAAAUAACUUUAACGAAAACGGCCAAGGGCUACAUAUCUGAAUUGCACCAGGGGUUUGCAGUGAAUGCACUAGUCACACAUAGUGCUUGAGUCAUCAAUGCGUGAGUAAGAGGUAUUUCACUGUAUGUGUUUUAAAGCAGAAUGAUACUUUACACAAAUUAAAUAAAAACAUUUGAACAGUGUUCCCAGUGUGCAGAAAUUUGCUUGUUCAAUGCUUAAAAUCUAAGUAAAAUCAAAAUAUAAAGCCUUUCACUUAUUUGCACAAUGAAAUUAGAAAUGUUAGUAUUAACUUGUAUUGGAAGGAAAUACUUUUACCAUUGAUCUGAUCAGAAAAAUUGUUGAAUUUACAAUGCUGGUGCAAUCUUCAUUAAUUUAAUUGUGUUUAAUAAAUGUGAUAAGUUACAAGA